CGCAGUGACGUCAUCACGCGUCACGCGCAUGCGGGCGGCCACGACGACACCUCCUCCCUCCUCGCGGCCCGACCAAUCCGGAGGGCGCUCGGCGCUGGGGGCGGGACGUCCUGGGAUCCGGCCGGGCCUGCAGUGCGCCGAGGACGCCGCGCGAGCAUGUACCGGCUCCUGAGCCCGAACCUGGGCCGUGGCCUCCUGCGGGCCGCGGGGCGGGGGUGCCGGGCCUGCUCGGCGCGCCUGCUCCCGGGGCCGGCAGGAGGCCGGGCGCCUGAGGUGGGGGUGCCGGCAUCUCGAGUCGCGCCGCGCGGCGGAGGCCCGGGCCUUGNCCUUCCCGCAGCGCUCGCCUGGUUCUCGAGGCCCGGUGCGGCAGAGGAGCAGGAGGAGGAGCGGCAGGGAGCGGGCGGGGCCGCCGCCGAGGGCGCGGCGGACGAGGCCGAGGCCGAGAUCAUCCAGCUGCUGAAGCGAGCCAAGUUGAGCAUCAUGAAAGAUGAGCCAGAAGAGGCUGAGCUAAUUUUACAUGACGCUCUUCGUCUUGCCUAUCAGAGCGAUAACAGGAAGGCCAUCACUUACACUUAUGACUUGAUGGCCAACUUAGCAUUUAUACGGGGUCAGCUUGAAAAUGCGGAAAAACUUUUUAAAGCAACAAUGAGUUACCUGCUUGGAGGGGGCAUGCAACAGGAAGACAAUGCAAUAAUUGAAAUCUCUCUGAAGCUGGCCAGUAUCUAUGCUGCUCAGAAUAGACAGGAAUUUGCUCUUGCUGGCUAUGAAUUCUGCAUUUCAACUCUAGAGGAAAAAAUUGAAAGAGAAAAGGAAUUAGCAGAAGACAUGUUGUCAGUGGAAGAGAAAGCCAGCACCCACCUCCUCCUUGGCAUGUGCCUAGACACCUAUGCUCGCUACCUUCUGUUCUCCAAGCAGCCGUCCCAGGCACAGAGGAUGUACGAGAAAGCUUUGCAGAUUUCUGAAGAAAUGCUAGGAGAGAGACACCCACAGACCAUCGUGCUGAUGAGUGACCUGGCGACCACCCUGGACGCUCAGGGCCGCUUCGAGGAGGCAUGCGUGUACGUGCAGAGGGCGUCCGACCUGGCGCGGCAGAUCGAGCACCCCGAGCUGCACAUGCUUCUCAGUAACCUCGCCGCCAUCCUCAUGCACAGAGAGCGAUAUGCGCAAGCAAAAGAGAUCUACCAGGAAGCGCUGAAGCAAGCAGAGCUGAAAAGAGAUGAGGUUUCUAUACAGCACAUCAGGGAAGAGCUGGCUGAGCUGUCAAGGAAAAGCAGACCUUUAACUUAAUUUCAUGAAGCUCUAAAUGCCUUUUGUUGUAGGGAAUUUUCAGCAACAGCGAUUAUUCUGGUCUCAGUGACACCCAAAUCAAUGGCUUAGAUCCUUUCUCCUUGAUAUUCAAGUUUUGUCCACGUAGCUGUGGUGAAGGACGAGUUGUAUACACUGCCACUUUGUGUUUGUAAAGGACACACAGCUUUCACCCCUGGCUGAUUGUGACUCUUAAGGACAGAUGUCAGGUGCUCUCAGUCGUGACCUGUGGUGAGGUGCUGUCCGUGCCGGUCUCAGUGUAACUGUGGGUGGAAAUGGGCCAGGUCUCCCUCGGGUGGGUGUGUGCUGAGUCAGCCAGGCAUCUCUCGCCUAAGAUUCUCAUCCAUUGAUCCGCUACCCUCUCUUUCACUUCAUCGGUAUCGGGCAGAUCAGAGUACCCGUCUCAUGGCAAAGGGGGAUUAUGGUGAGUUAUUUUUCUUCUCUCUUUCAUGAAGCCCAGUGUGGGAUGUGAUGCAUAGUGGAGCAAAAGUAUUGUCUUGGUUUGCGCCAGCGUCCAGCAUGAAGUUUUAAAGUAGGAAUUAGGCCCUUGAAAAUAUACUCAUUUAAUUAUAAGUAAAAGUGAACUGUAUGUUUUUAUAUCUGGUUACAUACGACUGUGAAAAAGGAGAAAAGGGAAUGAAUGAUAGGCAGUCUUGUCGAUGCUGUUGGAGCACUCCACUUCCCUUGCAGCCUCGGUCCCUGAAGUCAGUCCUCUGCACCUGCCCAGGCUGCACCCCCGAACCCUCGGUCUCAGGGUAGGGCCUUACAAGUGUAUCGUGUAAAGUCUCCCCAGGAAUUCUGACACGUACUGUUGGUACAGAAGGAUCACUGAUCUGGGUCCUAGUCCUGGCUUUUUGUGUGUGUUUGGGUCUCGGUAUCCUCAUCUGUAAGAUAGGGACCGAUGCGGUUCUCUCUGUGGGAGAACGUAUGUGGUCAGAGGACCAUAAAGGAAUAGACUGUGUUGGAGGAGCCUUAUCACACUGCCGGAGUGCGUAAAGGACACACAGACGAGCGAGGCAGAUGGGCGUCUUUACCUCCGAAGUCGUGCACGGCCAUCUGCCUAGGAGAAAGGCAGGUUUCGUAGGUGCCGUGAAGGAACACUAUUGUUGGUAAGCCUUUGGGGGUGGGGGUGUGAGUGGGGAUGAUAAACAGAUAUUUUUGUUUCCUGUGUACAUACUGGAAGAAUCCUUUCCUAAUAAACUAGAGCCUCUACAACCACACUGUAUGUAUUCCAGAAUCUUUGAAUUUCUCCUAAGAAAUAACUUACUGGAGUCAACAAGAAAACAAAAUACUAGGAACCUUGAGGUCCAAAUCCUCAGGGAUUAGACUAAAACUAGAAUUUUAUAUUUUGCAGAUAUAAAGUAUAUCUUCCUGCUUUCUAAGUUCAUCUCUUACCACCCAGCUAGCUCCUUCAUUCAGGUCUAAUGAGAAACAGAAUAUAAAUCAGAUUUUCAGUGCAACCCAGUCUUAAUUUAUUGGUUGGUUUCUGAAAAGUUAUUCUUGUCAACCAGUCAACUACUCCCCGUCCGCACUGAGAAUGUUUUUACCUUUUCACAGUUGCAGGGGUUACUGAAAGUUAGGUUUGUCACUCCAGGUUUUAUUUAAGAAUUUUUGAUCCUCCACAGUGAUUCAGCUCAUGGUCCUGUCCCGGUGCAGGAAAAACUGCAGGUGUCCUCUGAAAGACCGUCUCUUCGUGUGGGUAUUUCCAAGAAAGUUCAUUUGCACAGCUGUAAAAUGAGGUGGUGAGGCAGGACCAACCCCUUGGCCGACUGGCCUGAAUUCAAAAGUGAGUUGUUAAAAAUAGCAUAGUUGAAGUGUUUGAACUAUGUCACCAGAGUUUUCAGGGCAUAAAUAUUUAAAAAAUGGAACCAGCAUACCAAAAUUAAAGCAUUAUGAAACUUCCCAUCACGAACAUGCACUGGAAACCUGGCCGUCAGCAUAGCGCUCCGACCAGUACCAGGAAGACCUCGUCUAGUUGUGGGGCGCUGAACACUCACGCAGGAGGCGGCGGCUUCGGGACCCUGGAAUCUCAGCCUGCAGCGGGCCACGCCUGGGUUUACAGCCGACGUCCGCCAGUCCUCGGUCCCUCUCGGUGCCGUUUCGGUCCCGCCACGGUGGACGGCCACCCUCCCAGAUGCUUUGCUCCAUAGUAUUUCCUUAAGAACCUUCUCUAAGACUGUCUACAGAAGAGGCUCCAGGCGACCGUGGGAGCGGCCCUCUGCACUCAGGUGCGGUUCAGGGAGGACUGAAAUCACAGAUUUCCUGCCCCGCACGUAGCGGGUGCCGCUGCCAGUGUGGCACGGACGUGAGGGGUGUGGGGAGUCUCCCCAGCUCUUCCUUCGUUCCUGGUAAUCAGACCUUGCAUUCUUUCCAUUUUUAAGAUUCUACGCAUUCAGUUUCUAUUCUGGAAAGUGGAACCUACUGAUACAGGAUUGAGAUCACCAAAGUUGCUGAUUUUACAAGAAGUACUGACCAAGACAUCACCUGAAGACUCCUUUUCUAGCAGUAAGUUCCUCACCUGUUGAAGAGGGCCUGUCUUCCCAGGCCCACCCUGGCGUCUGCCUGUGGUAAUCCCCUUCUGAAUGUACAGAGGAGACGGAAGAGGGCCUCUCAGUUCCUAAGUAGCCUUGCCCCGGGAUAGGAGAUUUAGAUUUCCUGCUGUUUGACUUGCUGAUCAGCUUUGGUUUGCAAACUCCUCCUAAAAGUGAAAUAAAUUAACUAUUGACACAGAGUAAUUAUGUUCUCAACUUAAAAACCUACCAAAAUGCUGAUGAUUAUAUAAUGCUAAGAGAAAGAAGAAGAAUGGUAGAUAGCAUGAAGAAUCCGGAUCCUACUACUCCAUAAAGUUAAAAAAUUAAUACUUAAAAGCCAGAAUUUACUUGUAGCAACUAAAGCAAAACGGGUAUGUCCUCAUGCCAUAAACUUAAAAACAUGUCACCAAGGAAACACAAUUUCUGGAACGCCAUUUCUUUCCUGGUCUUGGAGCACAGAAACGGCUAAGGAAAUUAAAGCAGGUCGACAAAACUCUUAAAUCCUCACUACCUCGUUGCCCACCAAUUUAGAGAGCAGCAGAGGAGUUCAUACAACACCCACGGAGAUCUUAUGUCAAAAAAAAAAAUGUAGAACAGAAGCCCCUUCGUAGCUUCGCUGGACCCCAGCAGUGGCUUGGCCAGUCUUGGUGGCCCUUUCUGUUCCAGGCUCUGUUUCUAGAAGUUCACAGGAGUGGGAUGCCCCCUCUAGAACAACACAUUAAAAAGAUCUCCGAAGAGAUCAGAGCCAAGGUGAGCAGCGGUUUCCUCAGCCCCCGCAGAACAACUUCACCCGAAAUCCUGCGGCGUACAGGAAAAGUGGGCAGAUGGCCUGCCACAAACCCCUGAACGACCUGCAGAGACAAGUCCAAGUCCCCGAUGGUAAGGAAGCGAAUAUUUUAGGAUGGGGGAAAGGUGCUUCGUAGACGGAAGAGAAACUUCAAACUCUAUGAAGCCAGUUUACAAAAGGAGCUCGAAGUACAGAUAGUAACCAAAAAGGAUGAGGUGAAAAGCUUAGGAAACAAAAUACAGCAAGUAUCAGAACAGACACAACAAGAAGGGUCAUAGUACAAAGGGAAAAUGAGAUACGGUAAAAGCAACAGAAAGAGAUCAAGAGGACUGAAAAUCAUUAGAAGGUACCGAGAGGACGAAGACCAGCCAGCAAAAAUGUAACUGUUUUUGAAAUGGAAAACCCCCAAAAAGAAAAUAGUAGAACAUUUCCAUGAGCGUAGAAAUCAACCUGCAGACGCAAACAGCCUCGCUAUGACCAGGAAAAUCGGACACAGAAUGAACAGUAACACAUUAGUUAACUUAUCGAAAUUGAGGAAAAGAGGAUUCUUUGGGCGGAUAAACUGUCACCUGCUAAAAAGGAGGGCGUCUAAUCUUAUUUCUUACAACUGAUGCCAGGAAAGAAAGGUAAUCGUGUCCAGGGGAUGUUCUGAGAAAAGUGCCAUGCUGUCAUUUCAAAUAUAAAGGCAGCAAGAAGACGUUUUUGAGUGUGAAUAGCCUGUGAGUGCAGCACCCUCUGCGAGGAAAGGGGUGUGAACACCAUACUGAAUGCCGCAGCAGGAGGACCACACAACCACAACCGACAGUGUUCCAACCUUCAAGUACACACACUCCAGUCAGUACAAAUCAGGAGCUAAGAGCAGAAGGGGGACAACCACGCUCCUCUUUCAGAGCGGGGAGUGAAUCCAUACUGUCCUGAAGUUAACAGAUGUAGGUCGGGAAAAAAAAAAACCACCUCUGAUCUCUUUGAUCUUCUCCUUACCCUUAGUGAGAUCUUUUGUUUGACGAUAACAGGAAAAAAAAAAUCCCUAAAUUAAACUGGAAAUACUUCAGACCUGCAGGUAAAUUUUUAAGCACAAAAGAUACUAGUUCCUGAAGCUUCCAGUCCCGGUUUUCUGUGUGCUUGCUUCUACCAGGAUGUGUGACUGAGCUCAUUCUAAUGUCUUAUCUGUCUUUCUAUGUGACUGUAGACACUUUCAGAAUGAGCUUCUCAGAAAAGAACACCAGCUUUCUGGAUAAUGUGAUCUGAAGCGUUUUUGUUUUUCCGUACUCUUCAUUCUAUGGCUUAAGAUUCUUUUCUGCUGAGCCUAUCACUUUUUUUUUUUAACUCAAAAGCAGACGAUGAAACUGCACCUGUGUUACAAUUAAAAUGUGUCGGUCCAGAUAAGGAUUAGAUGCAGACAGAAAUAAUACCCAACACUGAAUGGUGACGUUCUGCGUGAAAAGUUCCGUCCUUUGAAAGUUUCUGUUCAUGUUACUAAAAUGUCUGAACAGGGUUUAAAAAAAAAAAAAAAAGCUUUCUGUAAGUAACUAAAGCCCUGAGCGGAGAUUCUGAGAGCACAUAAAAUGAAGUCUAUUGGUGAAGCAUUACAACUUGGAAAGAAAUUGGCUUUUUCUUGGGAAAGGCAGCAGCAGAUCACGAAAGUGAAAACUACCUGAAUGAGGCGAUGGGUCCCCUUCCUCUCUCCGUGCCUCACCGCCGGUCACGACGGAGGUGUUGGCCCCGCCGGGCACCACCCCCACGGGCUGGGCCAUGACGACUCCGUGCUCCUCCGCCUUGUCAUCAAAGCUUCCCAUGAGCGCCUUCCUGAUAAUGUCUUCCAGACCGAGGUUACUGGCAGGGUCGGCGAAAGAAUGACCUCUAGAGCUAACUGAGCCUGGAAGAGACAAGCACAGCGUUUCUGCUCAGUUCUGAAAGGCAGCUGAGAACCGGAAGGAACAGUCUGCGCAGAGGCUGUCGGCCACUGCCUGCCGCACCUGAGGGCCCAUGCGCACGCCACCUCCAUCCACCGAGAGGGACUUGAGUGCUGCGUCACUCACUCACUUUUAUUAAAGUCACUCCACGGUUUUCUUCUAUUUCAGCUCCCUAGUUUCUAUGCUGGUCUUUAAUGGUUUUGAUUCUCUUUGUUCACUUCUCUCUCCAGCAAGUAUGUACUGAACCUCAGCUCCCUUUUUACUGCUACUGACUAUCUCCUCCCUGACUAAAUGACACGAAUUUAUUUAUCUGUGCGUCCCGGAGCGUCCCCUGGGGUGCAGUCGGUACCCUACAUGUCUGUUGGCGUCACUGCCACCAGACGCCGAUUUCCGAGCGGCAGACGCGCUGUGUGGAGAGGCUCACCUGAGGUAGUGACCGCCGGCAGAUUAAAGAUCUCCGUCCCCGGCUGCGCGGCGGCUGUAUUUAAAUAAACAUCCACGUUAAUUGAGGCGUGACAAUCAUAUACGCAGGAAGAGAGAAAGUCUCAAAACCCUCCAAUAAAAUUCACCUUUUUCAUUUUCCAUGAUCUCAACCUUAUUUUUCACCAGUUAAGUGAAAAUAAAGUGAAAGAAAUAAUUUUUUAAAAAACUCGGGCAACAGAAAACUGGAUGAGGUCAGAAGAUGAGAACAGGAGCGAUACACCCAGAGGCAGGAGAGACACCGCGCUGCUGGAGAAGCAGGAGGAGGAGAGGAGACCUGGACCUAAGGUGACCCCGGCCAAUGCCAGCAGGUGUGAGGCGGCCUGACCUCUGACCCCACGGGGAAGAGCAUGAAAAUGACCGGGGGUCUCCCAGCUGUGGGUCACUGUGGACUACUCUCAUGGUCCCGGGAAGAGACAAAGAUUCCCGCCAAGCCUGCGAUCUGUCACUGGCACAGUCUGACGACAGGCGGCACGGCGCAGGAACGGGAGGAACCUGGGAACGCAAACAGUGUUUUCGUCCCAACCUUCAACUUGAUGCUGAGAAUUGGGAAGAGAGAGAAGACUGCCGGGAGGAGGUGGGCGGCUAAACAAACAGUCCCAGGGCAGGAUGUGGUGUUUGGGAUGUGCCUGCAGCAGGAUGGACCCUUCCCUGGAGAUGAGACCGGGCUCUGGAGACGGGCCUAGAAACUAACUUUCUAGAUCAGGGAAGCUGUAAACUGGCAACAGGAGGAGGAAGAGAGAAAUCCCCAGAAGAGCUUACACAAUAAGGACCGUCUCCCUGCUUACGGGUCCAGUGACAUUUACAAUAAAGAAACCGAACCUGAACAAAUACCAAGUGACAGAUACAGCCUUGCAGUCCUCAUAGAAGUUUGUGGAAUAGGACUCAUUAAUUCAUUUGACAAAUAUUUACUGAACAAUUAUCUGAUUGAAUCAUCAUAAAAUCACCUUCUUACUGAUCAAAAUGGCCAGAUAAAGGCAACUUCACAUUUUUCAACCCAUGAGAAUUCAAAGAUCCUGUGUUUAAAAUGAACGCCCUUCCUUGACCUCUGGAGCUCACAGUUCAGUGUGGCUCUUCCUGAGGCCAACAGAACAGAAUCCCCUGGGUGCCUCAGUAACCGUGCCGACCACAGUCCUGGGGCCUGCGCUCCAGGGACUGUGACAGAUAUCAAGUUUAAAGAGAUGGGCAAGCUUGGGAGAGAACACGAUCACUAUUCAGAAAUGAGACACAAGGAAGAACAGCAUGUGCGAGCUUGUCUGGGAGCCAGACUCGACAGGAAGAGGGACGGGGGACGAUGCCAGAGAGUGACAGUGGAGCCACAGUGGCGGUAAGCGUGGCAGGGGAGGAGGGGCUAGAGACUUCUCUGUGUGGAGAGGUAGAAUGUUAAUUCAGGGUUAGACAUUUCGGAAGCAAGAUAUUCCGAGAAGACAUGAGGUCUGCAGAGGUAAGUAAGUAAAACCUAGUAGAAAAAGCUGAAGUCCAGAUACGACUUCGGAGUUCUCGGCACACAGUCUAAACUCCCAGAGUGGAUGACAGGACUCAAGGAUUUUAUCGCAUGAGCAGAACACUGGGAAAACCAGCAUCCAAGGGCCAGGCAAAGCAAGACCGAGCUGCUAAGGAGACAUAACACAUGGCCAGAGUAGUAGAGGAAAAACACGGGAGAACACAGUGUCUGAAAGGCAAGAGAAGAGAAUAUUUCUGGAAGAGGAAAAUGGUUCAUGGGAGGUCAAAUAAAAUAAGUUUUAAAGCAUUAUGGUUUUUGAAGAAUAAAGUCACCAAUGUCCUCGGUGGGCAAGCUGAACUGAGAGACAGACUUGAAACAAAGUGGUCUUGGUUGCUGAUGGCUUGGAUUUCUCAGUUCUAUUUCCUGAGGACGACUGAAUGUGCCCCGGGGACCCAUCAGCCCACUGGAUCCUUAAUACAAUUCCUUAACUGUCCCUUUCCACAAUCGAAAACAGUUCUGGCAAUCAAAACACUCCUCCAGCAAUUUUGUUAGUACUUGCCUUAAGCCGUUCAUAAAUUUUAUCUUGGGUUAAAGUUAGGUACUUGUUUCAUUACACGUUUUCAGAGUCAAGACCAUCUGUCAUCCUGCAAGCACCCAGCACAGGACCCUGCUCAGUAACUAACUGAAUGGGCGAACGAGAGAGCCACUGCCUGAGGACAACGGAAGACAGAAGACAAAACCAGAAAGUAGGCUGCCUCCAGUCACAUGGCAUUUUCCUGUCAAGAAUUUUUUCCCCACUAACGUGGCAAGACCAAGACCAGAGAGGAUGAGUGCAAACCACACGAAGGGGACAGAGUUCUGCGCUGGCUGCCGUCCGUGCUUGGGCAGACCCCCCUCCGGUUCUGAGAGAGUCAGAGGACAAGCGCGCCAGACUUUUGUUGGUGACAUCUGAGGCACCGUAAAUAACAGAUGAAACCAGUGACAACAUGGAAAAAUGUCACAAUAAUUUUUUUUAAAAAAGAAAGUAUAUCUGUGCGCCUAAUAGCAAUUCUGGCCGAUAUUCGAAAAUGUUUCUCUUUCAGAUGAUUUGUUGCCACUUCAAAAGAGAAAGGUCACAAACAGUAACUGACACUGGGCUUGUCCUUUUUUCUCUCUGACGUUCAACCUUUAUUGAUCACAAAGGGUCAGAUCCAGACGCACUACCCCUGGCAGUCCGGAGUUCAGAGCCCACAGUUUCUCGUGACGGGGUCAGGAGACCAGCAGUCGCAGGUUAGAGAAACAAAGCAGAGUGGGGACGGCCCACAUCCAACAAACUCUUGCCACGUCUCCGGAUACGCUUGACGAAAAGAGGCAGAAGUAGGACCGAGCGAUCGUGGGAGCGAGCGCCAGGAACAGAGCGUGAGGAGGCGCCCCCGAGGGACUGUGCGGAUGCCACAGAGCUCUCGCCUACCACGUGUCUCCCAACGACGCGGGGGCGACGCUGUGAGCAGAGAGCCGCUGGAGGAGCGUGGGCCGGCGUCUCACUAGUGAGGCAGGCUGCACGUUCCUAGACGUCUCGGCCUCCUCAUCUGCGCUCUGGAGACAAUUCCGCUGCAGCACGUAGGGCUGUUUGUGAGGCUGGAAUGAGUUUAUCGGGCUUACAAGUGCCUAGAGUUGUCUCCUCUCUGACUCUACAGCCGUUUGCUACCAUCAUGACUGUCGUUCUGCUUUUACGUGGUGGAGGGAUCACGUUUGCAGACGGAUGCUGAGUGACUGAACCGAGAUCCAGGAAGACCAUGCUAGGGCAGGAAAGUCACUGCACAGCACAAGCACAGACUGCCGUGGCCUGUCCUUGGAGCCAGAA